AUGGAAACAGUGGAAGAGUACCGUGUCUUUGCUCAUUUGGAUCCAUUUCAAAGCUCACAUUGCAUUCCACUUUAUUACUCACAAAUUCACCUUCCCAAUAGUCUGACUCAAAUCCCGCGCCAUAAAUCCUCUCCCAAUGCAUCCCUUCACAGUAGCAACAAUGAAGCAAAAGCUAUCGCUGAUGACCAGAAGAGAAGAAGAAUGCUUUCUAACAGAGAAUCUGCACGCAAAUCUCGAAUGCGGAAGAAGCAACAAAUAGAAGCCCUUCAGUGUCGCGUAAAUGAUUUGCAAGCAAUGAAUGAUCAACUAUCUCGAAAAAUCAUCAGUUUGCUGGAAUGUAACCAGGAAAUGCUUCAACAGAAUGUUCAGCUUAAAGAGAAGGUUUCCUCUCUCCAAGAAGCUCUCUCAGACUUGUUAAUCCCCAAUGGCCCCAUAGCAGAGCCUUCACAAGCAUAA